AAUCAUUUUACCAACUUACAGUCAGACAGCUAACAUCAAUCAUCUUGUGAGAAGAAAUGGGAAGCAUUACCAUUAAUUUGGAUGACAUGGACUUCAGCGAUAUGUUUGACAACUACAGCAGUGAUUGGUACACUUAUUUUGAUCCUGACAUAAGUCCCUGCACCCUCGCAGUUAGUGGUAAUUGGAUCAACACAGCUCUGGCUGUUAUCUAUAGCCUGGCGUGCUUCCUCGCUGUGACAGGCAACAUUAUCGUAAUGAUUGUCCUACUCUGGAAUCAACACACAAUAUUAUCCACAGAUAUCUACCUGCUUAAUCUGGCAGUGGCUGACCUGCUCUUUGCCAUGACCUUGCCUUUUUGGGCAGUGGAUGCCGUAUCUGGCUGGAUAUUUGGUGAUACCAUGUGUAAAAUCAUCAGCAUGCUACAGGAAGUUAACUUCUACAGUGGGAUUUUAUUGCUGGCUUGUAUCAGUAUUGAUCGCUAUCUGUCCAUUGUCUACGCUACACGGGCCCACAAGCAGAAGAGACCAUUUAUAAUUAAGUUGGUUUGUGCUGCUGUUUGGUUGCUGGCUAUUGUCCUGUCUUUACUGGUUUUGUACAAGGGUGAAUAUACUCCACCUGGUUCCAACAGAAAGAUAUGUUAUGAGAUACUUGAUGGUGAAUUUGCUGCAAAGUGGAGAAUAAUCACUAGAUUUUUGCGGCAUUUUAUUGGGUUUCUUAUCCCUCUGGCUGCCAUGGUUUACUGCUACAGUGUGACAAUCCAGAAACUGUGUCAAACGAAGGGAUUUCAGAAACAUAAAGCCAUGAAAGUCAUCAUUGUGGUGGUGUUGGCUUUUCUCAUUUGUUGGUUCCCACACAACAUUACGGUAUUCAUCGACACAUUAAUGAGGAGCAAACUCAUUGCCGAGACUUGUCAGAAGCGUAAUCACAUUGACAGAGCUCUUUUUGGAACUCAAAGUUUGGGAUUCCUGCACAGCUGUAUUAACCCAAUUGUAUAUGCAUUCAUUGGGGUGAAAUUCAGGAGGAAUCUGCUCAAAAUUUUGGCUCGUAAAGGAAUUAUUAAACAAAGAAGAAUGGCAAUAUAUAGCAGAUCUGUAUCUUCCUCCUCUGAAGCUGGACUCAUUUCAAGCAACAUAUAGAAU